AUGAGGGUAGAGGUGUAUCAUUUGCUUAGACAUAGAAGAUUGGUGAAAGUCCAACAGUUGUUACAUACAGGGUUUUGCCAAAAAGCAGAUAUGUUUGAAACUUUAAAUGCUUCCGAAGAAAUGAAGAGAUAUGGAAUACCACCAGAUGUUUAUAGCUACAGCAUUUUGAUUGAUGGGUUUUGCAAGAAGGGUGGAGUGGUAGAUAUCUCACAAGAUAUGUUGUACAAUCUUGUGAAUAACAGCUUCGAAUAUCUCAGAUUUUUGGAGGAGAUGGUGGGUAGCAAUUCAACAUCUAGUGCCACAGCCGCUGAUUUCUAUACUCUGAUCCAAGGUUUCUCCAAGAUAGGUCUCUUUGAUAUGGCUUUGGAAGCCUUCAAAUCAUGCUCCAAUGUGUCAUUAGCCGGUUGUGUAGGGAAGGAAAAAGCUAAGAAAGCAUUGCAGCUUUUUCCUUUGAUGUUUAAGAGGAAUGUAUUUGCAGAAGUUGAAAUUUAUAGUACUCUUAUGGAUGGAUUUUCUAGUAUAAAGAAGGAGGAGGCGGUAGAAAUGUACAAUGAGAUGUUUGGAAAAAGUUAUCGAGGCAAUGCUGUAACAUAUACCUUUUUAAUUGAUGGAUAUUGCAAGGUUAAACGCAUGGAUAUUGCUAUAAAGUAUUUUGAUGAGAUGCAGAGAAACAGUAUUGCUCCUGAUGCAGCAACUUACAAUGCUCUCAUGUCAGGGCAUACAGUUGAUGGCUCUGAUUUUAAAGACCCUGGAGAAGCAGAAGCCGCCCAGAGAAGCUUAACAGAAGCGAAUUUGAAAGCAGAAAGCUCUAGAUAG